UCAACAUUUCUCUGUCAGUUUAACUCACUUCCUGACGAUGGACGAAAUUACAGUCCCCUUGUCUAAGUUUCAGCUGACCUGCUCCUUAUGUUCCGAGAUCUUUUUAGCACCUGUCUCACUUCACUGUGGACACAACUUCUGCUUUACCUGCAUUGAAAACCACUGGCAUCGUACUGGAGAGUACUACUGCUAUGAAUGCAAGAAGGACUUUGGAACAAGGCCUUCUCUUAGCCCAAAUGGUCUGCUUACUGACAUUGUGGAGAAAUUCCAGAAAAGGGCAUUUGGCUCAAUGUGACCUGAGAGACGAGCUGAACACAGUGAUUUGUCCUGUGACUUACGGAUUGAGAGAAAUCAGAAAGCAGCAACGGUCUUAAACACCUCGGAUUUGAAGAGUCAAGUUCAACAGAUAAAGGAAGACAGACAGGAGAAAUCCACAGGAGAUCGUCGUCACCAUGAAUUCUUUAAGUUCCGGAGAGCUGUGGGCUCCUUUGGCUUCCACUUUGAGCAUACAGAGUUUGAAUAUCAGAGUCAUGAUAAGGUGACCUUGGAAAGAGAAAGCCAUGAACAGCAGGUUCUGGUGGAAAAAGCAUUGAGAGAAAUCAAACAAAUGCUGCAGGAGAAGCUGAAGAUAUUGGCUCAGAUGAAGAAAACAUUAGAACAUCUGAAAAUAUCUGAAAAGACAGACCUAGAAGGCUAUCAAAAGACUUUCACUUCCCUGCUUCAAUCCCUUGAGAGGCUAAGGAACCAAGUGCAAAAACUGAUUAAAAAUCACAAGCAGAAGGAAGUAACAAUAAAGGAAGUGAGCAUAGAGCAACUUGAGGAGGAGAUCAAUGAUCUGAACAAUAGAGAAACUGAGCUGAAUGAGCUUCUAAAGACAGAGGGACACACCUUCUUCCACCAGAAAUUCCCAACUUCCUGCUUUCCUACUGGAGAUGAACAUGCAUCUGACAGUGAAAUGAAAAAAUCAUUCCUUCACCUAAAACAUUAUCAUGAAAGUAUGAGUGGUGAAGUCCUGAAAACAAAACAGAGUGGGAGAGAGUUGGCUACUGCAGAGAGAAAAACAGUUGAAGUUUCUUCAGAAUUUCAUUCUAUGUCUUCCUGCUCUAGUGUUUUAAAACACACAAUAAUCUCACCUUUCGGCAGUGGAAAAAAUGGUCAUGGCAAGAGCACUGGUGAUGUGAGAGAUAAGAUUGAUGAAUGCAGCAAACAUCAGAGUGAACCAACUUUGAGUGGUCGAAACAACAUGAGUGGACCACCUUUGGAGUCGAGUCAUACUUCACAACAUAUAAACGCCCAAGUGCUGACGUCACGCCGAGAUGUUAAAGAGAAAAUACAGAAUAAAAAGAAGACCUUGGUGAAGGUGACAGUGAUGGAGGCGCAAGUAAAGGGCACUGCAGAGAAAGAAGUAAAGGAACAUGAGGAGAUAUUCAAAGUGUUGCUUCAGAUCAUUGACGGCCUGAGAUCAGAAGUGAUUUCCAUGAUUAAAGGAUAUGAGAAAACAGAAGUAAGAAAUUUUGCAGAGGUCAGAAACCAACUGGAGAAGGAGAUCAAGGAGCUGGAUAGGAAAGAUACUGAACUAGAAGUGAUUUCACAGACAGAUGAUGACAUCUCCAUCCUGCAGAAUGUCCAGUCUAUGUGUAAACAUUCUGAAAGUGAAAGCACACCCAUCAUUUCUGAAAAUGAGCAUUUCAUAUCUGAAACUUCAAGGCAGGUGAAUAAAUAUCUGAGUGAGACCAUCUGCUCAGAGUUAGUGAAGACCAGUGAGAUGGUUAUUGAAGUUGUUAGCUCAGACAUAAUCAAUAAUACAGAUGAGAUGUUCUUUGAUGAAAUUUCCAAUAAACUGAAGAAACGUGGUGUUAUAAUUCAAAAGGCCCAGCUUGACAAUGAGUCCGGAAAUCUGGUUCUACUCUUUUGUCGAGUCGGCUCAAGAAUUGGAAAUAACAUUACUAUGGCACUGAAGAAAGUUUCAAAUAACAAGAAGAUCAUUCUGGUUGUUAUGCAUCAAACCACUAACCUGGAUCAUGUAGUAGCCGACAGCGGCCAGUAUGUGGGAAAGAAAAAUGUGGUGUCCACAGUCGAUUAUCUGUUCCAUGAAACUAUUAGCUUACCAAAUUGUCUCUUUAAUAAGGAGACUUUACAAAAAGUUGUCAAUAUUAUAAGUAGGUUUAAGUGAACAAAACAGAAUUAAGUGUUGUUAUCUAGAGAAACACAUUUUCUUGGCAUCAUUUCAUCAUGCAAUAUGUACGGCCACAUUGCCUAUUGACUCUGUGUGACUUGACUUAUCACUGCCUGGGCCCUGAAUGAAGUGCGUCCUUUGUGAAAUGGUGUGAUGGUUUUGUAAAGUGCUUCUUGAGAGGAAAGAAGGAUGGAUAGAGAGAAACGUCUUGUGAAAUGUACUUUGUGUCAUUAAAUACUUAGAUAUGUUCUUCAUUUUAUGUAUUCUCAAAUGAAGAAUGAAUGUAUUCAAUUUGGAGUUGUAUAAAAAUAAACCAAAUAUCAGACUGUAGACUAUGUUCUACAGAUCUUUCUAAACUAAUUAUAAAUAGUGUAGAAUGAGGAUUGUCUGUCAAUGCUGAUUAUGCCAAGUAAUAAACUCCCGUGACAACUGUGACUGUGUAACUGUGACACACCUAAACAGAGCUCAGUGCAGUUGACAUUACAAGUCAGAUCACAGCCUGGGUCCUCAUUGCCUGGAAUGUCCCCUGGAAUGUUCUAAUAGAAGCUCCACCAUGAUCACAAAGAUACUGUUUAAUUAUUAUAUAUACUAUUUAAUUGAUAGUAGGAGGCCAGAGGUUAGAACAGACAAUCUUCUACAGCUUCAGAUUCUUUUCUUUUAGCUUGGUUUUCUAUAUCUUCUCUAUACUGUAUGCACGAUGAAGUAGAGAGCUGUGAGACAAAUCAAACUUGUGUCUACUUUUACUUGGGCCUUUCUGUUGACCAGCUACAAUAAUCACGUUACUGAGUAAGUCCAUGUGUAGCAACAGUAUACACAAUAUUUACAUUUUGUUGCAAUAAAAGGUACCGCUUAAGUA